AUGGUGCUUGGUCUUGGUCUUGGCGCCGCUGCCGGUGCCAUAUUCAAGGCAAGCGCGGGCUCAAAAGCCGCCGUCACUGCUGGCGCCGCUGCUGUGGGCGCCUCCAAAUUGGGUAUAGCUAUUGCAGGUGCUAUCAAAAUCGCCACCACCAUUAUUGGUGUCAGUAAACUGGCCAUCCUGCCGUUUUUGAUAGCCGCCAUUGCCUACUACAAUUACGAUCUUUUCGAUCCGGAAAAUCGUCCGUUCAAUGUGCCUGCGGUCUCAUUGGCCUAUGAUUUCAUCAUUGUGGGUGGCGGUUCGGCAGGUUGUGUGUUAGCUUCGCGACUCUCCGAAGUGCCGCAUUGGCGCAUUUUGCUGCUCGAAGCGGGCGGUCAGGAAACAGAGAUCUCGGAUGUGCCGCUGCUGUCUUUGUACUUGCAUAAAAGCAAACUGGACUGGAAAUAUCGCACCCAACCACAGAAUACAGCCUGUCAGGCGAUGAAGGAUCGCCGCUGCUGUUGGACGCGUGGCAAAGUCAUUGGCGGCAGUUCCGUACUCAACACUAUGCUAUACAUACGUGGAAACCGGCGCGAUUUCGAUCAGUGGGCAUCGUUUGGCAAUCCCGGUUGGGGCUACGAAGAUAUAUUGCCGUACUUCCGCAAAUCGGAAGAUCAACGUAAUCCAUACUUGGCGCGCAAUAAACGUUACCACGGCACAGGUGGUCUUUGGACUGUGCAAGACUCACCUUACAACACGCCAUUGGGGCCUGCCUUUCUACAGGCCGGCGAGGAAAUGGGCUAUGAUAUUGUGGACGUGAAUGGUGAGCAGCAAACGGGUUUCGCAUUCUAUCAGUUCAACAUGCGACGCGGUUCGCGUGCCUCCACCUCUAAGAGUUUUCUACGCCCUGCGCGUUUGCGCAAGAACCUCGACGUGGCGAUGUAUGCCCACGUUACGAAGGUGCUGACGCACCCAGAAACCAAACGUGCCAUCGGCGUGCAGUUCAUACGCGAUGGAAGCCUACAGACAGUCUAUGCCACACGCGAGGUUAUACUCUCGGCUGGCGCGAUAAGCUCACCUCAUUUGAUGAUGCUGUCGGGUAUCGGACCUGCGGAUGAACUGCAACGCGUGGGCAUACCACUGGUGCAGCAUCUACCCGGUGUCGGUCAGAAUUUGCAGGAUCACAUAGCUGUCGGCGGCAUUGCAUUCCUUAUCGACUACCCCAUUUCCAUUGUGAUGAAGCGUAUGGUUAACAUUAAUACCGCAUUGCGUUACGCCAUCACGGAGGAUGGACCGCUCACAUCUAGCGUGGGUUUGGAGGCAGUAGCUUUCAUUAAUACCAAAUAUGCCAAUGCCAGCGACGACUGGCCUGACAUGAGCUUUAUGAUGACCUCAGCAUCGGUCAUGUCGGAUGGCGGUUCGCAAGUAAAAACUGCGCAUGGUUUAUCAGACGAGUUCUACCAAGAGGUAUACAGCGAAGUGAACGACCGUGAUGUUUUCGGCAUCUUUCCCAUGAUGUUGCGGCCCAAAAGUCGUGGCUUUAUUAAACUCGCAUCCAAAAAUCCGCUUCGCUACCCUUUACUCUAUCACAACUACCUCACACAUCCGGACGAUGUGAAUGUGCUGCGCGAAGGCGUCAAAACAGCGGUAGCCAUGGGCGAAACCCAAGCUCUGAAACGUUUUGGCGCACGCUUCUGGAGCAAACCCUUGCCGAACUGCAAGCACUUGCCGCAGUUUACCGACGAAUAUUGGGACUGCGCCAUACGCCAAUACACCAUGACUAUCUACCAUAUGUCAGGCACCGCUAAAAUGGGUCCACCUAGCGAUCCGUGGGCGGUGGUCGAUCCGCAAUUGCGCGUGUACGGUGUGCCGGGACUGCGUGUAAUUGAUGCCAGCAUCAUGCCCACCAUCACUAACGGCAACAUACAUGCGCCGGUGGUCAUGAUCGCCGAGAAGGGCGCAGAUAUGAUUAAGGAGCUGUGGCUUAGCAGCACGCAGUGGCGUACGAAGCGUGCGCGAUCUGAUUUGGAGCCCAUUUGCAAUGUAACGGGGGUCGCGGAGAAUACGUUAAAGAACGAAUCAACGGGCUCCUAG